AUGUGUGCAGAGGCAGUGACGCCGCCGCUGCGCGUGGAGCUGCGCCUCCAGCUGGCCGUGCUGCGGGCGGUGAGCGCGUGGGCGCCGGGCGGGUGGCCGGCUCUGCGCCACGUGUACCACGCGUACACCGGCUGCGUGGUGGCGCUGCUGGCGGCGCUGGUGGCCGCCCAGGGCAUGGCGGCGCGCCACUUCUGGGGGGACAUGCUCAGCGUCGCCAUGAACGCCUGCCUCAUCUUCACCUACCUCGCGGCCGCCCUCAAGGCCGUCGCCUUCGUCACCAUGCGCCACUUCGCAGACACACUCGUCCACGACAUCAACAGGGGUCUGCAGGAAUUCGGGGAAUCCUACAGACAGGAGAAAGAAGCGGUGUAUGCGGCGUGUGCGCGCCAGAGCGUGCUGCUGACGUGCGUCCACGUGGGCAUGGGUGCGGUGGUGCACGUGUGCUGGCUGACGCUGCCCGCCACCAAGGUGGCCGCCUGCCAGACCGUCGAGUGCCGCGUCAAGGAGGGCCUGCCCGCGCUCGUCUGGUUCCCCUUCCCCUUCACCGAGCCGCCCUUUUACGAGGCUGUGUACGUGGGCGUGUCGCUGGCGCUGUUCUACGGCUACAUCCUGACCACGAUGUUGGAUGGCUUCUUCUUCACGCUUAUCAUCUAUACUGCGGGCCAGCUGCGAGUCCUCAACCUGAUGGCCACCCGCUUGUGCGACCCUGAGCCAGGCUCCAAGGUCUGCACUGACCAGCAGCUGCAGCGGCGCAUGGCGGAGGUCGUCCAGUGCCACACUCACAUCGACAGGUGUGUGCAGCGGCUGAGCACCCUGCUCGGUCCAAUCCUGCUGGGGCAGUUCCUUUCAGACAUCCUCACCAUCAGCAUCACCGCGUUCGUUGCUACAGCUGCGAAGACGGAUUCGGAGUGGCUGUUCAAGUACGGGUCGUACCUGUCCGCAAUAUCGGAGCAGCUGCUACUCUACUGCUGGCUGGGCCACGAUAUCCUCACAGAGAGCGAGCGCCUGCAGGAAUCCGCCUACAGCAGCGACUGGACGGCCGCCUCGCGCCGCCUGCGCGGCCAGCUGCGCGUCUUCCUCUGCCGCGCCCAUCGCCCGCUGCGGCUCACCGCCAGCAAGUUCUACACCAUCUCUAGGGACACCUUUCUGAUGGUGCGUGCUGAUGAACGCGUCUUUUUCGUACUACGCUGUGCUGAGGCAGCUGAAUGGAGACUGAUGAAGCAGGCGCCGGACCUGGGGCGACGGAACCAGCAGCAGACAACUCACUGGACGCUCGGAGGCUGCACCAUCACCCUUAUGUACCUGCUGUGA